GAACUUGGGAGUGGGUUAUACAUCUAAGUACGUAAAAAGGUUCUGCUGGGGAACGUGAUUGUGAUUGCUAUUUACCUGCCCACAGGUACCGCUUUGUCAGCCCGCUGUCUGUUCCAGAAAUCGCACGGUCGGGAGAAUGAGUCGCUGGUCCGUAUCCCAAGGCUGCGGGAACAGCCACAAAGCGCUCACAAUGGCUGGACAUGGGGAGCAGCUGUUCCGCGGAUGGGGGAUGGUACGCCCCAGUAUGAGGAGCGAGGCAGAGAGGCUGCGGAGUUUUAGCGCUUGGCCCCGCACUUGCCCCCAGCCCUCCCCUGUGGAAAUGGCCCGAUCAGGCUUCUAUUACCUGGGACCCGGGGACAGAGUUCAGUGUUUCUCCUGUGGGGGGGUCCUGAGAAGUUGGGAGCCGGGAGACCGGCCGGACACCGAGCACCGCAAGUUCUUUCCAUCAUGCACUUUCCUCCAGCAGCAGCAACGGGACCCCGGGGCCACAGAUUCACAAAUAUUGGGGCAGCAUUCUGGGGAAGAACCGGACCGCACCUGGGAGUCGGUGUACCCCGAGAUGGCGGAGGAACGGGACCGGCUGGACUCAUUCCGAAACUGGCCCAUGUAUGCCCACGGGAACCCCGAGCACCUGGCUGGGUCAGGCUUCUUCUACACCGGGCACAGAGACAAUGUCAAGUGUUUUCACUGUGAUGGGGGUCUACGAAACUGGGAACAAGGUGACGAACCCUGGACAGAACAUGCAAAAUGGUUUCCAAUGUGCGACUUUCUGCUUCACGUCAAGGGUGAGGCCUUUAUUCGCAGGGUUCAGGAGUCUCUCUUUAGAAGCCCAGAGUCCUCGCCUGACUCUCUGGGGUCCUAUAUCUAUGACAGGAGUCCUGCCUCUUCCCCAGGUUCCCCCGAAAGCUGGCGGUACCUCCAGUCCUCUGUGGCUCAGGAUGCCCUGCAGAUGGGCUUCAAGCAGAGCCUGGUGGCAAGUCUAAUUCAGAGCAAGUUCCUGUUGACCGGGUCUUCUUACAGCUCCGUGUCUGAUUUGGUCACAGACCUGCUAGUGGCAGAAGAGGAGACACACAGCACAGAGUCAGUGAGUGUCUCAAGGGCUCCAACUCGGAUGGAAAGGUCUGAACCACCCAAGGAGUCAGCGCCCCCACUCAGCACAGAGGAGCAGUUGCGGCGCCUGAAGGAAGAGCGAAUGUGCAAAGUGUGCAUGGAUAAAGAUGUUUCCAUGCUAUUUGUGCCCUGUGGGCAUCUAGUGGUCUGUACAGAGUGUGCCCCCAACCUCAGGCACUGUCCAAUCUGCCGGGCUGCAAUCAGGGGCAGUGUUAGAGCCUUCAUGUCCUGAUGCUACAAGCAGGAGAGGCUUCACCAAGUGCCUUUUUACCCUCCUCUUUGCACAGAUCAGACUGACCUUUGCCUGUGUUGGUCAUCCCUUCCCUAACCAGGGGCUCAUUUCUGCCAAGUUUUCUUUUUGCGCUGAGAAUAUUUAUCCAGUUAUUUAAAAAUUAAUUUAUUAUAAUAAAGGUGAAUGUGUUGCUGUGUAAUAUUGUGCAAUAAAGUAUAUUCUUUUCUACUC